UCAUCAUGGGAGUACCGGCUCUUCUGCCCCAACGCGGACAGUGACAAGUUUGACUGCAGAUGUUUUAAAGAAAGAUAAUUUACUAUACUUUACCAACUCACCGACGGAUAUUCAAGUGUUUUUGAGGGAUAAUUCAAGAUGGAGCUAGGCCAAAAUACCACUCUAGGGAUGAACCUGGAAACCUCUAUGUUUGAGAACGUCACUGUUAUCGAAGUGGCACAAUGGCGUGUAGUUCUGGACCUGGUUAACACCAUCAUCAUGACCUCCAACACCAUCAACCUCAUGCUGGGGAUGGGCGCCGCUAUAUCCGUUACGGAGCUGUGGAUGCACACGAAGCGGCCAAUUGGGGCGGUGAUCGGCAUGUUGGGACAGUUUGCAGUACUACCUGCCAUCGGUUUCUGCCUCUGUCUGUUAUUCAAGUUGCAGCCGUAUGAGGCACUGGGAGUCCUUAUCAUUUCCUGUUGCCCUGGUGGAUCCUUCUCUAAUUUCUUUACCUUUUGGGUUGACGGCGAUCUGGCACUCAGCAUUAUGAUGACAGUGUGCUCGUCUGUGCUCGCCUUUGGAGGGAUGCCCUUCAACCUUUGGCUGUAUGGCAGUUACUGGCAAGGAGACAACUCGUUCGUCAUUCCCUUCACAAACAUCAUGAUAUCUCUCGUUUUCAUCACUACACCGGUCAUUGUGGGCAUGACAGUGAGGUACUUCCACAAGCGGGCAGCGGAAAUCACCACUCGGGUGUCGAGUUUGAUUGGGUGGAUUGGUGUGGUCGCUGGCAUCGUCAUCUGGAUCAUCUUAUACUGGAGAGUCUUUGUGAUGGCUAGCCCACUGCUCUAUGUAACCGCAGUACUUCUUCCGUCUAUUGGAUUCAUAUUCGCUUUCCUCUUGGCCAAAUUGACUUGUCGGAACAACAAGAUUGCACGCACUGUUGGCAUAGAGACCAGCUCUCAAAAUAUGCCUGUUGCAAUGAGCAUCAUCCUUCUCUCUUUUACAGAUAUUGAGCUGAAGGGUCAACUUGUACUGUUCCCCACACUGUACGGUGUCUUCUUGACCUCUGAAGCCAUGUUGGGUAUCUCUGCCUACCAGAUAUACAAGAAAUUCUCCAAGAACGCCGAAGACUACCCAACAAUGCAUACAGCCCGGUUGGAACCUGCCACACCCGCCGAAAAAGAAACUUUUAAGAUAUGAAAUGGAUAGCGGAUCAAAGAUAGCAGCAGAGUAACUCUUUACCUGCUGAAUCGUGUUCAUGUUGGGAUAUAUGAAUUGAGAGAUUUUAUAGUCAGUGUGCUUCUUUCUCUCUGAUAAAUAUUCCUGUUACUUUUUGUUAAUGUAAAUUAGAGAGAGAGAGAGAGAGAGAGAGAGAGAGAGAGAGAGAGAGAGAGAGAGAGAGAGAGAGAGAGAGAGAGAGAGAGAGAGAGAGAGAGAGAGAGAGAGAGAGAGAGAGAGAGAGAGAGAGAGAGAGAGACCUUGCUGUUUUGCAUUAUAGUGCCUGAUUGCUGCUAUCAGUACCCAUGAGGACACUCACUUUGAUGUUACAGCCGAGGAAGAUCACAUGAACUAUCGCGCGAUCUGCCUUAUAAAUUACUUCAUGGACAUACCAUCAAGAUUUGGUGCGCCUAUCUACUGUAAAUCCACCGAGUCACACGUUUCAUUAAUUAAUAUUAUUCUCUCUCUCUCUCUCUCUCUCUCUCUCUCUCUCUCUCUCUCUCUCUCUCUCUCUCUCUCUCUCUCUCUCUCUCUAUAUAUAUAUAUAUAUAUAUAUAUAUAUAUAUAUAUAUAUAUAUAUAUAUAUAUCAUCCUUGUCAUAUACACUAUCAGUAUUCACAGUAAAAACACAAAAGUUCCAAAGUUGGGAUUUCAAACUUCAGAAAGCGGAAUUUUUCUGGCUGAUCAGUCAAUGUUAGAUUUACUAAAAGAUAAUAAAUGGAUAAAUAAAUAAAUAAAUAAAUAGUAAUGAAAGAGCCAAAGGUAUGGCAACACUGUAUGGCAUAGUGCGUGGAUGUUUGUUUAGUGGCGUUGGUUUGAAUUUGUGACUGUACACAACCUACUCCUACGCUUGCUUAUACUUCAAUACUGCUUCCAUAGAUAAUUUGUACUCCCUUACAUCCCCCCUGCAUGUAUCACGGCGAUAUUAUUGAUACAUGUUAGCCUAAAAUAGUCUUUUCAUAUCCGCCUCCUCCCCUCCCUCCCUCUCCCACAAACGUACUUCUCAGCUUCAUAAUUUUUGCUCAUCUCUUCCCCCCUACGCUUAUUUAUGCAUCCGUUCAUACAUAGAUUAUGCACUAAUAAAAUUAUCCUGAAUC